CCCUGCGCCCGGCGCUCACCAGCAGCAUGCUCUACUUCCAGAUGGUGAUCAUGGCAGGGACGGUGAUGCUGGCCUACUACUUCGAGUACACGGACACGUUCGCCGUGAACGUGCAGGGCUUCUUCUGCCACGACAGCGCCUACCGCAAGCCCUACCCGGGCCCGGAGGACAGCAGCGCCGUGCCGCCCGCGCUCCUGUACUCGCUGGCCGCCGGGGUCCCCGCGCUCGUGAUAAUAGUUGGAGAAACUGCUGUGUUUUGCCUACAACUAGCCACAAGGGAUUUUGAAAACCAAGAAAAAACUAUUUUAACUGGAGACUGUUGCUAUAUAAACCCACUGGUGCGCCGAACUGUCCGAUUUCUUGGAAUUUAUACAUUUGGACUGUUUGCUACAGAUAUCUUUGUGAAUGCAGGGCAGGUAGUCACAGGAAACCUGGCCCCGCAUUUCCUUGCCCUGUGUAAGCCUAACUACACAGCACUAGGAUGUCAGCAGUACACACAGUUCAUCAGUGGGGAGGAGGCCUGCACUGGCAACCCAGAUCUCAUCAUGAGAGCCAGGAAAACCUUCCCAUCCAAAGAAGCCGCUCUCAGCGUCUAUGCAGCUAUGUAUCUGACAAUGUAUAUUACCAACACAAUCAAAGCCAAAGGAACCAGACUUGCUAAGCCAGUUCUAUGCUUGGGCUUAAUGUGUUUGGCUUUUCUUACUGGACUCAACAGAGUAGCAGAAUAUCGAAAUCACUGGUCAGAUGUAAUAGCAGGCUUUUUGGUGGGAAUAUCUAUAGCAGUGUUUCUGGUCGUGUGCGUGGUAAAUAAUUUCAAAGGAAGACAACCAGAAAAUGAGCAUCUCCACAUGGAUAAUCUGGCACAGAUGCCCAUGAUCAGCAUUCCUCGAGUAGAAAGUCCGUUGGAAAAGGUAACAUCUGUGCAGAACCACAUCACUGCCUUCGCAGAGGUCACAUGAUAUUGAAGCAGAUGGUUUGUCACUGCACUGGACGUCAUCCCUUUUUACCAUCCAUUCAUCACACCCAACGUUCGUUUGACUACACGAGAAACUUAUAAAGUCGUCUGAAAACUUUUAUAAUUUUCAAGUCCAUGUCAACCUGCUUCCCCCACUAGACUGUGAGCUCCCCGAGGGCAGGACUAUGUCUUUCUUUUCUGCAUCCCCGGCACCUGCGCAAAGCUGAGCACAAAGCAGGUGCUCAAUAAAAAUGUGAUGAUCGGAUGAGCAAAUUAACUUUCCAAUAAAACAUUCACUUCGGUUUCUCACAGAACCACUGUGACUGUGUUAAAAGAAGCCCCUACACAAAUUGUUAAUUAUAUACGAAAACCCUCUAUUUUGGGCUAGUUGUGUUUUAAAUUUUUCAUAUAUCUCUUCAGGGGUAUGCCAUACCUAAUUUGAAGUGGACUUUGAAAGUCAUGGGGGUUUUUAUUUUAUUAUUCAGCAUGACAUUAUUUCCAUUCUAACAGAUUUCAGUGUGUGAAAUUACUUUACUUUUAGAAAGUAUGUUCUAUACUAAAAUAAUGUUUGCACAUUAUAUUAUGCUAUAUUUCACUUAAAAUAUUCCUACUAUACAUUCUAAGACUGGUGCUUCUGCUUUUGAAGGGGAAAAUGCCAAUUUUUACUGUAAUAAGUAAUGUAUCAUAAUUAAAAAUUAUUUAUUUGGACUUCUUCUUCUCCUGACAAUUGUGGUUUAAUUGAUGGCUUUUGAAUGCAGGCAAUAUUUAGGGCAGUUUAAGUGAGUAAAUUGUGCACUGGUACCUUCUUAUUGAAUAAUUUUCAACAGGUAACAGCUCCUUGGGAGUGGUCAAAGGCUCUGUUUUUACUCGUUAAGAGUUCACAUAAUUUAAAUGGGGAAAGGGCCACAUCCUGAUACAUAAUUUAAAUUAUACAAAUGCUAGAAAUAUAAUUAAUGUAUUUUGCAUUGCAUUUAUGUAGUACUUUAUAGUUUACAAAAUACACUUAUUACUUUAUAUAAUCCUCAUAAUAGCCUGGUGUAAACAUUCAGGGUAUGGCUAUAUUUUUAUAAGUAAGAAAAAUGGAGCCAAGACAGGGUGAAUAAUGUGCACCAUCCCGCUCUAAAUAGUAAGAGCCAUGGCUGAAACGAAAGUUUGGGUUUUCUGACCCUGAACUCGCGUUCCUUCCAAAUGUACCACAGCUGCCAUAGGGUGUUGGACACCAAGGCCUUCCAGAGGUCGUAGGGUCCUGGGCAACUGUCUGCCCAUGACCCCAAAAUGAAGAAAUGCCAAAAGGGCUAGGCAAGUUCUGCCAUAUUUUAAAUAUGUGUGUUUUAAGAAUGAGCACUUUUCAAAUCUCCACUAUAUAGUAACUUAUUUAUCAUCCUAUUUUAAAAUAGUACACAUGGAGCAUCUAGAUGUGGGGUCCUUUGUAAAAGUGAAGUCUGACUCUGCUGUACCUCUUCCACCCUCCCCUCGGGUCCUGGCCCCUCUCAGGAGAGUCCCUGAGGAUAGCCCUUCCACUGAGCAUGUGGCAUCAAGGGUGAACAUCAUCACGCUGUAAGGAAGAUGAGCUCCUCAGCAGUCACUUUGCAAUGUUAAAGCUCCCCUGAGUAACUUACGCUUACAUGAGCAGUAGUUAAUUGACUGAAAUGAACCUUUCUAGCCUUGACAGUACUAAAGAAAGUAAACUUUUCAUUUUCUAUGUCAUUUUAAGAGAAACCAGCAAAUAAAUAUAACCAAAGAGUAUUCAUUACUCCCCAGAUAGUGGCUACUUCCCUACUCCCAUCACUGAGAGAGUUAAACACUUCUAUUAGGGCCAAAAAAAAAAAAAAAAGUGAAAGAUUUCAAACCCCCAGAGCAAUUCAGUUCUGUUGGAAAUUGAGAACAUGAACAAGCUUUGAGUGCCUUGAUUCUUUAAAGAAUUUUAAAGACAAUAACAGUAAUAGGGAAUUCACUUACUGGAGAUGAAAGUGCAGAGGAUGGUCCUAAUGUCUUAGAAGGUGAGAUUCCCAGGAAGAUAUCCGGAGUCACUCAGAUCUGUUCUACAUUCAUUUCCAAGUAGACCAGCAGGAACAUCUUCCUGUUGUAGGCCCCAGCUGUAAGUUCAGAUGUCAGUGUCAUAUCCUUGCCCUUUGAUAAACCUGGUCUGAAUGCCGGUGUUAUACAUUCCUCAAAAAUCCAUAUUUAAUUUCGAAUCAGAGUAAGAUCAUCUCUAAUGUCUAAACAUGAUGGACCCAAGAUUGCACAAUGAAAGAUCUUGUCACGAAGAAAAUCCAGGAAAAGAAAGAAAAGCUACAUGAGGAUAAGGCAAAUGCCAGUAGAGCAUGUUAUGGAGAGUGUUGAAAAAACACAGUUGAGAAAAUACUGAGAUGUAAAUAUGUACAUAUGUAGUCUAGCAGGCAAACACAUAUCUUUCUGAUAAAGACAUCUUCUUUUUAUUCUACUUACUUGGGGCCCAGGUCAGUAUAAAUUGGUCAACCUGAAAACUUCAGUAGUCUCUGUUUGCAUGGCAGAAAUUCUGCACAUGUUUUAUCUGAUUCCUAUGAUAACUUAAAAGGCUCUUUUAUGUUAAAAGAGAGGUGAAUCUUCUUUGACAGACCUUGUCUAUUCCACUUCUAACUGGGCCUCUCUUUUCUCAGGAUCGAUCCUAGCCAAAUAUCUCAGUUACAUCAACCGUAUACAGUUUCCUUUGUGAAAGAGCAGUAGGGAGAAAAUAAUUCUCUGCUGUGUAUUGUAUUUUUCAAAUAAAAUUUUAAAAAUUUAAUUUAAAAAA